GGGGUGGGUGUAGAAAUUACUUCACGGAAAGAAAUAGGCUAAAUCUUGGCGACACAGCGGUAGCCCAGUGGUUACUAAUCGUCUACAUUUCUGUGCAACCCUGCUGUAAAUCAUUGGAAUCUAAAAUCAAAAUGAAUGAGAACCAACGCAAAAUAACUCUCUUUAGGCAGGGACUACUCAACAUAUCAGACUGGCGACUGCAUCGUAUACGAUUUGAGAAAACAUUUAAUUUAUUGGCUAUAAUUUGACUACGGAUAUGCACUACAAUUUUGACAACGAUCAGAAUAUUUAUUUUUUGUUACUGGUUAAUUAUGUAUAAUUAUGUAUGUUCUUUAAUUACCCAGGACUCGUGGCUAUGCCCCCCCCCCCCCACUUCUUUCUGGUGUACUAACCUCUGUUUCAAAACUGGGAGGCGAUAGCAGAUAACCCUCGUUUUCUCUGCGCGCUUGCCAGUCAAAUCGCUUAUCCACGCAAGGAAACUGGGGAGACAACACAUUAUUCUGACUAAGCUUUUACUCUGGAAGGAGUACAAAGGCAACAUGGGACAACAUCGUUUUUAGCACUAUGGUGACCACCCGGAGCCAGGAUGUUAGAAUUGGGCACCUAUUCAGUCAGCGCUCACACACUGUUGGACCACAAUGCUCUGGGGGUCCCGCCGCUGGGCGUGGCUGUGGGCAGCAGCAGCGGCAUGCACCGCCGGUACGUUCUCCAGCCCCCGGAUCCGGAGAGCUGGCACAAGCACCGCCUGGGCCUGGUGGAGGGGUCCCGCUCCUGCUCCCCGCUGGAGCCCCGGGGCCUGCCGGAGAGCCCGGUCCUGCGCACAGCCAGCUUUGACACCCUGUACAGGCUGCGCGCCCCACGGCCCCCUCCUGCGGCCGCCGCCGCCGCCGCCGCCACCGCCUCCUCGCUGGAGGCGCUGGUGCUGGACCCCGACAUGCCCGUCAGCCCCCAUGUGAUACGGCGCCGGCGGGGGGGCCUGAUUGAGCAGCGGGACAUCGUCAGGGCCCACCAGGCGCACAAGAUGCAGAGCACCCCGCAAGCCCGGCGCAAGGAGUGGGAAAUGGCACGAUUUGGCGACGACGUUCCCGGUUUAUUGGGAUCCGGGGAUGGGGGAUCCGAGCGCAACAGGAACCGCGAAGGACCGGCGGUAUCUACAGGUGGAGUUUCACCAGCGUUCAAACAGACCAAAGCCCAGAGAGCACGCACCAUGGCCCUGUACAACCCCAUCCCUGUGAGGCAAAACUGUUUCACCGUCAACAGAUCGCUCUUCAUUUUCGGAGAAGACAACAUUGUCAGGAAAUACGCAAAGAAGCUCAUAGAGUGGCCUCCGUUUGAGUACAUGAUCCUGGCCACCAUCAUCGCCAACUGCAUCGUCCUGGCCCUGGAGCAGCACCUUCCAGGAGACGACAAGACGCCCAUGUCUAAGAGACUGGAGAAAACAGAGCCCUACUUCAUUGGGAUCUUUUGUUUUGAAGCCGGGAUUAAAAUUGUGGCCUUGGGGUUUGCCUUCCAUAAGGGCUCCUACCUUAGGGUUGGCUGGAAUGUCAUGGACUUCAUCGUGGUGCUCAGUGGGAUUUUGGCCACAGCCGAAUCUCAUAUGAACAUCCCAGUGGACCUGCGGACACUGCGGGCCGUACGGGUGCUCAGACCCCUCAAACUGGUCUCGGGGAUCCCCAGUCUGCAGAUCGUGCUGAAGUCCAUCAUGAAGGCCAUGGUGCCGCUGCUGCAGAUUGGUCUCCUCCUCUUCUUUGCCAUCCUCAUGUUCGCCAUUAUUGGCCUGGAGUUCUACAGCGGAAAGCUCCAUAGCACCUGCACGCCCCUUUCCAUCCCCUUUGAGAGUGAGGUAGAAGAAUUUAAGUUCCCUUGUGGGUCAAGAAACUGCCCGCCCAAUUACAACUGCACGGGCAACUGGAUUGGACCCAAUGACGGAAUCACCCAGUUCGACAACAUCCUUUUUGCCCUGCUAACUGUCUUCCAGUGCAUCACCAUGGAGGGCUGGACUACCGUGCUCUACAACACCAACGAUGCCUUAGGCUCCACAUGGAACUGGCUCUACUUUAUCCCUCUUAUAAUUAUUGGGUCCUUUUUUGUGCUGAACCUGGUGUUAGGAGUCCUCUCAGGGGAGUUUGCCAAAGAGAGGGAGAGGGUGGAGAACCGCAGGGCUUUCAUGAAGCUCAGGAGGCAGCAGCAGAUCGAACGGGAGCUGAACGGCUAUCGAGCCUGGAUAGAUCGCGCAGAGGAAGUGAUGCUGGCAGAAGAGAAUAAAAAUUCAGGACCGUCUGCACUGGAUGUGCUGAAGAGAGCCACCAUAAAGAGGAGCCGCCUAGAUAUGAUCCGCCACGGCCCGGGGGACGAUCAGUACACCGAUAUCUCCUCCGUGGGCGUCCCAUUGGCCAGGUCCAGCAUCAGGAGCGCCAAGAGAGGGCCGACGGCCUACCUGCGGCGCAAGGAGCGCAUGCUGCGCAUCUCCGUCCGGCGCAUGGUGAAGAGCCAGACCUUCUACUGGACCGUGCUGGGCCUGGUGGCCCUCAACACGCUGUGUGUGGCCAUCGUGCACCACCACCAGCCCCGGUGGCUCUCCGACUUCCUCUACUAUGCAGAAUUCCUCUUUCUGGGUCUGUUUCUCACUGAGAUGUUUUUGAAGAUGUAUGGCCUGGGACCCAGACUGUACUUCCACUCAUCCUUCAACUGCUUCGACUGUGGAGUGAUUGUGGGCAGCAUCUUUGAGGUGCUCUGGACGUGCUUCAGCCCCGGCAUGUCUUUCGGGAUCAGCGUCCUGCGAGCCCUGCGCCUGCUGAGGAUAUUCAAGAUCACCAAAUACUGGGCGUCCCUGAGAAACCUGGUGGUGUCUUUGAUGAACUCCAUGAAGUCGAUCAUCAGCUUGCUGUUCCUGCUGUUUCUCUUCAUCGUGGUCUUUGCGCUCCUGGGCAUGCAGCUCUUCGGCGGCAGGUUCAUCUUUGAAGAUUAUACCCCCACUAACUUUGAUACCUUUCCAGCUGCCAUCAUGACUGUCUUUCAGAUCCUGACAGGAGAGGACUGGAACGAGGUAAUGUACAAUGGGAUUCGCUCCCAGGGUGGAGUGAAGUCUGGUAUGUGGUCCUCCAUCUACUUCAUCGUCCUCACGCUAUUUGGCAACUACACACUGCUAAAUGUCUUCUUGGCCAUUGCUGUGGACAAUCUGGCGAAUGCUCAGGAACUUACCAAGGAUGAAGAGGAGGCAGAAGAGGCCUUCAAUCAGAAACACGCCUUGCAGAAAGCCAAGGAGGUUGGGCCCAUGUCCUCUCUGAUGUCAUCAGAGAGGAGAAGGAGGCCCUAUCUGUACAGGAAAAGAGCCAUACACAGGAGCCGGCCAGCUUACAUUGCGGAGACGGCCCUGGAGAGCCUGGCAGAGAGAGCAAAUGACCAGGCGCUCAAUGGCUCUAACUCUUUCAUGUCCAGGAGAGAGAGGAGAAGAAGGAUGACCAUGUCAGUGUGGGAGCAGAGGACCAGCCAGCUGCGCAAGCACCGGCAGAUGUCCAGCCGCGAGAUUCUCUUCAGCAAACCCCCUGAAGACCUGGAGCCGCCCUCCAGCUGCCUCCAUCUCCGCAAACCCCCCCACACGCCCACCGAGAGCCUGCGGUGCCUCCCCGAAACCGCCACGCCCCUCGCCGCCCCCCUCCCCGACCCCACCGUGCCGAUAGACCCGCCGGCGUCCGACCCGCCCGCGGACAUGCCCGCGCUCCCUGAGCCCACCCUGUCCGCGCCCCUGCCCGAGCCCCCGGAGUCGGAGCCCGUCCCGCCGCAGGGGUCCGAGGGCAAGCUGGGCGUCACCAACCACUGCCACCCGCCCCUGGAGGGCCGGCGGAGCCCGCGGCUGAACGGGGAGCGGCGGCAGCGCGUGGCCCGAAGGAUCCGCCCGCCGCCGGGGGACGCCCUGUCGCCGGACGCCGGGCUGCGGCCCAGGAGGCACCGGCACCGGGAGCCCCAGCCGGACGGCAGGAGCACCGACUCCCCUCACAGCGAGGGCGGCGACUCCAUCGGCCUGGACCGGAGGGCCGCAGAGGAGUGCGAGGACGUCGAGAGGAAGGCCAAGACGGGGGGAGACUCCAGCCAGGCCGAGAGAGGAGAGGCCGAGGAGAGGUUGGAUGACUCUGAUUUCCCAGAGUUCUCUGGGGCGGCUGAGUCCAAGCCCAUGCUGAGCUCCCCCCAGCUGCUGAAGAGUGAGGCAGAGGAGAAUCCAGCGGGGGAGCCGGCCACUCUACAGGUCACUGAGGAGUCGGCUCUGGAGCUGCCCAAAGCCACCAAGGGCCUGGGUGAGGACGAAAGUAACCCCCCCUCUCAGAUCACUGAGAAGUGUCCCCUCAACGCCAGCAUUGUGAUCGAGGUGACAGGUGAUCCGUCAUCGCUGGAGCUGACUCCUAUAACAGUGAACAGUAAGGAUGUGGAGGCUGCCAAGGCAGAUAAGGAAGAAGACGAGGGACCCAGCCAAUCCAAUGCUGUGCCACCAGACAGCAUGUUCAUCUUUAGUGCCACCAACCCGGUGAGGAGGGCCUGUCACUACGUGGUGAACCUGCGCUACUUUGAGAUGUGUAUCCUCCUGGUUAUAGCGGCCAGCAGCGUCGCCCUGGCUGCGGAGGACCCCGUCGCCACCAACUCCUACUGGAACAAAGUUCUGCGUUACUUUGACUACGUGUUUACUGGGGUGUUUACCUUUGAAAUGAUAAUUAAGAUGAUCGACCAAGGCUUGAUUCUGCACGAUGGUUCCUAUUUUCGCGACCUGUGGAACAUUCUAGACUUCAUUGUGGUGGUGGGAGCUCUGAUAGCCUUUGCCCUCACGAAUAACAAAGGUCGUGACAUCAAGACCAUAAAGUCCCUGCGCGUCCUUCGGGUCCUGCGUCCCCUCAAGACCAUAAAGAGGCUUCCCAAACUUAAGGCAGUGUUCGACUGUGUGGUCACCUCCCUCAAGAACGUCUUCAAUAUCCUCAUUGUCUACAAGCUCUUCAUGUUCAUCUUUGCAGUCAUUGCUGUGCAGCUCUUUAAGGGGAAGUUCUAUUAUUGCUCUGAUGGGUCCAAGGACACACGCAAGGAAUGCCAGGGUUACUAUAUUGACUACGAGAAGAACAAGAAGGAAGUAAAGUCCAGGGAGUGGAAGAGGCAUGACUUUCACUACGACAACAUCGUCUGGGCCCUGCUCACCCUGUUCACUGUCUCUACUGGAGAGGGCUGGCCACAGGUCCUGCAGCACUCUGUGGAUGUGACAGAGGAGGACAAGGGGCCCAUUCGAGGGAACCGCAUGGAGAUGUCCAUCUUCUACGUCAUCUACUUUGUGGUCUUCCCCUUCUUCUUCGUCAACAUCUUUGUGGCCCUCAUCAUCAUCACCUUCCAGGAACAGGGGGAUAAGAUGAUGGAGGAGUGCAGCUUGGAGAAGAAUGAGAGAGCAUGCAUAGACUUUGCCAUCAGCGCCAAGCCCCUUACCCGCUACAUGCCACAGAACCGGCACACCUUCCAGUACCGGCUGUGGCACUUUGUGGUCUCUCCCUCGUUUGAGUACAGCGUGCUGGCCAUGAUCGCCCUCAACACCGUGGUCCUCAUGAUGAAGUACCACUCUGCCCCACCAUCAUACGACACGGCCCUGAAGCACCUGAACACAGCCUUCACUGUGCUCUUCUCCCUGGAGUGCAUUCUGAAGAUCCUGGCCUUCGGCUUUUUGAACUACUUUCGCGACACCUGGAACAUAUUUGACUUCAUUACCGUUCUGGGGAGCAUCACUGAAAUCAUCGUUGACCUAUCAGGCUGGCAGAGCCAGGGCCACUCCACCUUCAACAUGAGCUUUCUGAAGCUGUUCCGGGCCGCCCGGCUCAUUAAGCUGCUGAGGCAGGGCUACACCAUCCGCAUCCUGCUCUGGACCUUCGUCCAGUCCUUCAAGGCACUUCCGUACGUCUGUUUGCUCAUUGCCAUGCUGUUCUUUAUAUAUGCAAUCAUCGGGAUGCAGGUGUUUGGAAACAUCCAACUGCAAAACGACAGGCCCAUCAGCCCACACAAUAACUUCAAGACCUUCUUCAGUGCCCUGAUGCUCCUCUUCAGGAGUGCCACGGGGGAGUCCUGGCAGGAGAUCAUGCUGGCCUGUCUGGAGGGACAGAAGUGUGAGAAUGACACCUCCAUCACUUCCCCCUCGGACCACAGCUGCGGCACCGACUUCGCCUACGUCUACUUUGUCUCCUUCAUCUUCUUCAGCUCCUUUCUGAUGUUGAACCUCUUUGUGGCCGUGAUCAUGGACAACUUUGAGUACCUGACACGGGACUCUUCCAUCCUGGGCCCGCACCACCUGGACGAGUUUGUGCGAAUCUGGGGGGAGUACGACCGAGCCGCAUGUGGAAGGAUUCACUAUAAGGACAUGUACAAAGUAGUGCGAACCAUUUCGCCUCCUCUGGGCUUUGGAAAGAACUGCCCCUACAGGGUGGCGUGCAAGCGGCUCGUGCUCAUGAACAUGCCCGUGGAUGAGGAGAUGUCCGUCCACUUCACGUCAACCCUGAUGGCCUUGAUUAGAACUGCCCUGGAGGUCAAACUGGCCAGAGGGGGCGAUGACCGAGGCCAGCUGGAUAUUGAGCUGCAGAAAGAGAUCAGUGUCAUCUGGCCACACCUCUCCCAGAAGACCCUGGACCUGCUGGUUCCUGUACACAAAGCCAGUGACAUGACGAUCGGAAAGAUCUAUGCAGCCAUGAUGAUCAUGGAUUACUACAAGCAGAACAAAGCCAAGAAGCUGAGACAGCAGCUGGAGGAGCAGAAACACGCGCCGAUGUUCCAGCGCAUGGACGCGUCCUCUCUACCCCAGGACAUCCUCUCCAGUGCCAAAGCUCUCCCUUUCCUGCCUCACAGUGCCGGAUCAGCCCUGACCACAGGGGGCUUUGUGGCCCUCAGUCCCGUCUCCCCUCAGGAGCUGUUCAUGCAGCCGAGGACUCAAGACGUAGAGGACACGGAAGACUUCCACCACCUCCACCAUCAUCACCUUCACCACCACCACUCUCUGGUCCCGGAGCACACAGAGUUUAACCGCAUCCUUUGCCCCACUAACAGGCAGGGCGCACCGCUCAAAGUGGCUUGGAGGACAGAGUCUAUCCGAGCCUCCUCUAUGCCUCGGCUCACAGUAGAACCACAGGUGAUGACGGACAGCAGCUCAAUGAAGCGCUCCUUUUCCACUAUUGGUGACCAGUGUGUCAACGGCCUUUGGCUAGAUGAGUAUUCCCUAGAAAGGGUUAGCCCUGAUAGGCUCUACAGACCAAGGAGGCGGAGCUACAAGGGCCCAGGGUCCAGGGGGGACCACAGGCAGCAGGGCGACCGGGAGCGGGGUCGGUCCAAGGAGCGGCGCCACCUGCUGUCCCCGGACGCGUCGCGCUGCAACUCGGAGGAGCGAAGCCAGCAUGAGUCACGCGAGCGCAAGCAGUCACGCUCCCCCAGCGAGGGACGCACACGCACGCCGCACAGACAGGUCAACAGUGGGAACAGUCCGGUCCCCCCCGCCUCGGACUCCAGCACCCCUCGGAGGCGGCAGCUGCCCCAGACGCCCGCGCGGCCGCGCCCCCACAUCUCCUACUCGCCGCUGGUGUGCCGCGCCAACCCCUCCCCCACGGACGGCGGGGACGCCCCGCGGACUCAGGACGCGGGGGAGGGCGCGGAGCCCUCGUGGGAGGAGGGAGGCACGGCGCCGGAGGCGGUGCCGGCGGGAGGGGGCAGUCACCUCUCCACCCCCCACCGUUACAUCUCCGAGCCGUACCUGCCCCUCCGCGAGGAGUUCAACAGCCCCGACUCGGCCGGGCUGGAUGAGACGCUCACCUUCGAGGCGGCCAUCGCCACCAGCCUGGGGCGCUCCAACACCGUGGGCUCCGCCCCCCCGCUGCGCCACGGCUGGCAGGUCCCCAACGGCCACUUCCGCAAGCACCUGGCCCAGGCCAGCUCCGUGGCCGCCUGCGAGCUCCUCAGCGACACCGACGAGGACGACCGCUGUUAGGGGGAGGAGAGGAGAGGGAGGAGAGGGGGAGGAGUUUGGGGGCCAGGGAAAGGGACUAGGCAGAGCUGCGUGUGCGUGUGUUCGUUUGUGUGUGCGUGUGUGUAUGUGCAUGUGUGUGUGUGUCUGAGUAUGUGUGUGUUUGUGUGCAUAUGCUUGUGCGUGUGUGUAUGUGUGUUUUUGUGUGUGUUUGUGUGCAUAUUCAUGUGUGUGUGUGUCUGAGUAUGUGUGUGUUUGUGUGCAUAUGCUUGUGCGUGUGUGUAUGUGUGUAUUUGUGUGUGUGUGUACAUGUGUGUGUCUGUGUGUAUGUGUGUUGGUGUGUCUGUGUGUGUGUGUGUGUGUGCUUGAGAGAAGUUUGUAAAAAAAUCUCUUAAGAAUAAAUGAAAUGUAAGUGGGUAAGAAAGCAGGGACAGUGGCAUGCGAUGGCUAGUUUCCCCCUCCCUUCCACAUCCUGGCUGAAAGAAGGAGAGACACACUUUAAAAGCAGCAUACUGCUCCUGUCGGACAGGGCGGAACUGGGGUCUUUAAGAUGGAUAUUACUGCACUACUUUGCUCUCUUUUCUUAUUUUAAAAACCUCAGAUAACAUUGGGCGGUAAAAUUGUUUGGGAUUUUUCCUGAUUUUUUAUCUGCCUUUUAACUGCCGUUAAAGUCCAGGUAUAUUUUCAGGCUGAUUAUUGUGCUGUUGUCAAAUGAGCAGUUCGUCUGGACCAAAAGAUACGAGACGCCUUACCACAAAGCCACAAUAUGUACUUUCUAAACUCCACUCCAUGAAAAUCCUCCAGGUGUGAUCCUGAGUCUCGAUGUGAAUAUUAGGAUGUAAGGUAGAAUCACCCGAUAUGGAGCAUCAUUGGUCUUCAUUACUCUGUGACACCCCUGGCCAGCUCACAGAGUAAUUCCGCCCAAUGUAUAUUUUGAAUAAAUACACAUUUAAAGUGGAUUGGUCCACAGCAGACAUUGGACAUACGCUCCAUUCCAUCCUUUGCUGGAAAGUUUUGUGUUCCAGGUGCCUGUAGCCCCAGACUCCUUACUUUACCUCACAUGAGCUCCAAGAUUGUACAGAACUAAAUGUCUCCUUAUUGGUGAUGCCCUUGCAGUGUACUUAUUUGAGAAACAUUGAAUUUGCCAUAAAUUAUUUAGAACAUGUAAUUAUUACAAAAUACAAUAAUUAUUUAGAAAGUAUUUAUUUAGAACAUGAAAACAAAAAGCAAACGAGAAUGGGUUGUUUAGCCCAACUAGGUUCUUCAUUUCGCAAAAAGUCAUCAUAUUUUAUACAACGGGAAUGGAGUAUAUUCAUUGCGUGAACACAGACCCAUACAUUUUAUGCCAAGCAAAUAUGAAUGUCACAUCACGUCCUGCGAGCUCAUAAACGGUCAGUCAGAAGGAUAAUAAGGUUUAAUGCAUCUGGACUGCCUUGGUGGAGUCAGGACUUUCCGCCAUCCCACCAAAUACUGUACAUGGCUGGAGCCUGGAUGGUGGAGACCAUAGACGUAUAUAUGUCUAUGGUGGAGAGUGUGUGGAGGGAAGCGUUUUACUCACUGGAUUCUGCAUGUUCUAUGCCAGUGGACCCCCGAUGUCUCCAACCCCCCCUGCUGGAGGGAGGCUGCGCUUCAUUGGGCUUUUGUACAAUAUGUAAACACUGACACCUAUGUGUUCAAGUACUGUACCAGGUACAUAAAAACAAAAUUAUAAAUACAUUCCUUUUUAAAAAGCCAUGUUUUUGUAUAUAGGAUAGCGUUACAGUGUUAAUGUUUGGAUUAACAAUUGCGAGUGUCUGUCUUCUACACAGUAAUGAUUUUGAAUAUAUUUUAUUUGCCCAAGUAAUAUGUUCUAUUUUGUUUGAUUAAAGUCAGUAAGAUUUUUUUACUUAUAGUUUUACCUCUGAAGUGUCAUGUUCAAUUGAUUGAUGUUUAGUGUGAUGAAACAUCAAUUAAAUUAAAUCAUCCAUUUUUCUGUGGACCACAAAGUCAAUUUUUCAUUUGCUUUUCCUGACCUUGGAAAGCUUUAUAUUUGAGAAAUGUAUUGAGUAUUUGCUAUGAUAUUGUAAUGGGCGAUCCGUUCAAGUUGAACAUGAAACUGGCUGUAACUCAGGUCAGUCAGUUUUAAUGACAUUUUCAUAAUGCUACUGUAUCCUGUUUUCAUUCAAUUAGAACUUUGCCCACUUUGUCUGUGUUGUACAAACAUGAUGGGCCCUAUUGUUCACCAUCCAUUGAGAAAACUAUUUUAAAAAUGUAAGUGACAAUGGUUGGUGUUUUUGGAGGGUGACCUGUCAUAUCGCUGCUGAUGAUGUAAAUAUGAAAUGGAAGCCUUACAAAGCAACUGGUUUAGAUUAGACUUUUCUGAACAAAUGAGGCUCAAUUACACAUUUGUAUCAAGCUUGUAUUUACAAGAAAUCACGACAAUAUGAACAUGCAUACUAAGUGAGACACAGAAAUGUCUUCAAAAUCAUCAUUUGUAGCCCCCAACUCUAGCUCAAAAUUGCCAAUAAAUGGAUGCUCACCAUGCCAUAUUAUCUUCACUGUUUUUAUGCAUAAGACAUCCUUGCCCUCUCUGUGAUGAUUUAUAAAAAAUAAUUAUUGCCAUGGGGUUUGCCAUGAAGAAUUGUUUGUAAUUGGUUCCCUUUGCUCCAAGAUGCUUUGCUCUGAAGGUUCUGCAGCAUUGUUCUGAUAGCUAUUAACACUGAUUAGAUGUUGAUGCGGAGUUCAGUGAGUUUAUCUCUGUCAGUGAUUGUGCACCUCUCCACAGGAAAGUCAAACACAUGCAGUACAAAUUAAAACCAGUCUUGGGUGUCACAUCUUCUUCAAAACCAUAAUCAAAUUAUUUUGCUACAUCAUAUUUUCCCAUACAAUUUUCAAACUCUGGAAUUUUAUUUGAAAUAUUUGAUGAGACAUACUUUCAUGCACAUGUUUCUCAAAAUGUAAAGGCUGGCUUUGUUUACAACAUGCAGCAAGCCUACGAAUAUGUUUGUUUUUAUUCUUUUUUAGAAGACCCAGAAGCCCAGCAUUCAAACAUGUAUUAUUUCCAGGAGAGCAAUUCUGUAUGACGUCAUGUGUUGUACUUUGUUUUGUGGACGCAUCACUGAAAUGUGAAUAGGAAGUAUUUGGUCUAUGUUUUACUGGCCUGUGUAAAGUCACUGUUCUGUGAAACAUACUAAACAAAAAAAGGCUAUGUUGCACCUGAAUUCCUGGUAUAGAAAUGCUUACUGGUUUAUAUAUAUGUAUGUAGUAUAUAUAAAUAAAAUGUCUGAAUAAUGCACUCUUUAUAUUUCAAUAUAGAUGCCUGUCUAUAUCUUUGACAAAAUACUUGAGAAUUUGUUUUGUGAAGGAAAUAUGUUUUACAGUUCCCUGUGCAAAGGACCAAUGAAAUGACUGAUGCUCUUUAAUAAAAAUGGCAACCAUACCAUGGUGACAA